AAUGCAUUACUCUCGUGCUGUUAAUUCGUGCUAACAGAGAAAUAUUGUUCAGAGAGGGUUCUCUGAACAUUCCUUGAAGACGGUGAUCGAUGAUGGCGAUGAGACUUGCAGUGUUAUCGGUGCUUUGCUUCCAUGUUCUGGCGACUGUGGUGGCGGGCAGAGAUGUGGCGACUGUGAGGCGUGAUAGGGAGGAGAAGUUUCUGAGUCCGGGUAAAGGGGGAGGAUUUGGGGGUGGGUUUGGGGGCGGGGCUGGCGGUGGAGGUGGAUUUGGAGGUGGUGCAGGGUUUGGAGGUGGCGUUGGUGCAGGCGGCGGAUUUGGAGGAGGGGGUGGAUUAGGUGGUGGCGGGGGCGGUGGUGCUGGCGGCGGAGGUGGUCUUGGUGGGGGUGGGGGUCUAGGCGGUGGUGCAGGUGGUGGAAUUGGAAAAGGUGGAGGAGUGGGUGGUGGAGUUGGAGGAGGAAUUGGGAAAGGUGGAGGAGUUGGCGGAGGAGCUGGUGGUGGGUUUGGGAAAGGUGGUGGAGUCGGGGGAGGCAUUGGCAAGGGUGGUGGUGUUGGUGGUGGAUUUGGAAAGGGCGGUGGAGCCGGUGGGGGAUUGGGAAAAGGUGGCGGAGUCGGGGGAGGAGCUGGUGGAGGAUUUGGGAAAGGUGGUGGAGUUGGGGGAGGAGCUGGAGGUGGUGCUGGUGGCGGAUUUGGGAAAGGUGGUGGAAUUGGCGGAGGAGCUGGAGGCGGUGGUGGUGCAGGCGGUGGAGCAGGUGGGGGAUUUGGAAAAGGUGGCGGGGUCGGGGGAGGAGCUGGUGGAGGAUUUGGGAAAGGUGGUGGAAUUGGGGGAGGAGCUGGGGGUGGUGCUGGUGGCGGCAUUGGGGGAGGAGCUGGGGGUGGUGCUGGUGGCGGCAUUGGGGGAGGAGCUGGAGGCGGUGGUGGUGCAGGUGGCGGAUUUGGGGGAGGAGCUGGAGGUGGUGGUGGUGCAGGUGGCGGAUUUGGGGGAGGAGCUGGAGCUGGUGGUGGUGCAGGGGGAGGAUUUGGAAAAGGAGGUGGAAUUGGUGGUGGCGGUGGAGCCGGCGGAGGGUUUGGAAAGGGCGGUGGUGGCGGAGUUGGUGGAGGAUUCGGGAAAGGAGGCGGAGUUGGGGGCGGUGCCGGGGGAGGAUUCGGUAAGGGCGGAGGCAUUGGUGGUGGAAUAGGAGGCGGCGGCGGGGGUGGAGUAGGUGGGGGAUUUGGUGGAGGAGUAGGAGGCGGCAUUGGAGGUCAUUGAACUGCAAUACGUUGCUUGAAACGCGAAAUCGCUUUCAAUAUACACCCCAAAAACAGUGCUGCUUCAACUGUUUCUGUAUCAUCUACCCAUCAAUCAGUACUACUACUUUGAAUAAUUUUGUCAAAUUUAUUAUUGAGAUUAAUUAAAUAUUUAUCUCUAUAUGUAA